AUGAGCUCUGAACUCUCACUGACGCCGCUUUCGUCUUUGCGCGUCUCUAAGCACUUCAUCCCGGCACAUGGCUUGCUUCCAAACACCAGCAUCCAGAACAAGCCAUUGCUGAUCUACCAUUCCGCCUUCCCAUCUACAAGCGCGUCCUCCAUAGAGGCGCAUCUUUCCUCAGUCGGCGUCGUCGAGCCGCAAUGGCGAUAUACCAUGUACAGCACGUCUCACUUUCACAGCACGACCCAUGAGCUGCUUUGCAUCAGCAAUGGGCGGGCAAGGCUGUGCUUUGGAGGAGAGGAGAAUGAGGGCCGUGUCGAACCGGUGGUGGAGAAGGGAGAUGUCAUUGUUGUCCCUGCUGGGGUAUCCCAUAGGCUGCUAGAGGAUAUCGACGGACGGUUCGAGAUGGUGGGGAGCUAUCCUGUCGGAUGUCAUUGGGACAUGUGCUAUGGCAAGAAGGGGGAGGAGAGCAAGGUUGCGACCAUCAGCAAACUCGAAUGGUUUGCAAAAGAUCCGAUUUACGGGGAUUCGGGUCCGGUGUUGGAUGUGUGA